GCGAAUUUGUCCAUUGGGUGAGGGGAUCGGACUUAACUCACCUUGCAAUGGACGUCAUUCUCGCCCAUGCAUGACACAGAUGCGGACACAGAGGCAAUCUCUGGCCCAGAAGCGUCACCUGAACCAGUCGCUGGAGCUGCGCCCGAUGCACCAGAAGCUGUGCCCGAAGGCGAAGCAGGCGAUGCGCCGCCUUUGGAGGAACAGCUCAGAAGGGACAAGCAAGCACUGGAGCAGCAGCUGGAGGAGAGCCAAAAGGCCAUGGAAGAGUUGCGGCGGCAGAAUAUGACAUUGCUCAGCAAGGCCCCUGUCGCGAAGAAUUGGGUGCUUGAUGUUGCCGUGGGGGAGUGUGAAUUUGCGAGUGCUUUCGCAUACUUUCUGGAGAUUCAGCUGGAUGGCCAUGCCGAAAAGCGCUGUACAGACGUCUCGCAACCAUCGGAGCGCCCGGUGUUUGCCAACAGCACUUUGCUGCUUUCAGUGGACAACGACUUGAUGAGUGAGAAGCUGAAGGUAUCAGCCUUUUUGAAUGUUGUUGAUCCAUCUGCUCCUGAUGCUGCUCCCACGGCUAAGCUGUUGGGAAGUGGCAUCCUGAACCUUGAAGAGCUGAAGGUCCAAGAGAGCAGCACCACCUCAAAGCGGUUGGUGCGCAAUGUUAGCUUUACGCGAACCACGUCUGAUGCCAGUGAAGGCAGGCAGCUGGUCGUCGGGCGUGCUACAAUAGUGAUGCAGGUGAAGUCACUGAGCUUAGAAGAUGCUUCAGCAAUGGAGCUUGCCAAGCCACAUACGGUCGCAUCCGCAUUGGCACCAUCCUUGGACAAGUCCCUAUGGCAAGCGAGGCCGUUCGAAAGCCGUCUUCGAGUUCUAGUGCACCGAGCGGAUGCUUUGCCCGUGCUUGAAGGGAGUUCGCACGCUUCCAUGCGAGUGGCAGUGAGGCUCCUCCAGUCAGGUGGGCAUGUUAUGCAUGAAAUGGCCUCCAGAAGCCUGAGCAUCACGCCAGUGACCACUACCGCGGGAGAGGUCUGCUUCAACCAGGAAAUUGUGAUCCCUUUGUCAGCAGCGUCUCUGCAAUCGAGUGGGUUGCAGGUGAGCCUGUCACUCGAGAUGGUAUCCUCCACCUCGGACGGUGUUUCAACUGAUUCCUUGCUCAACCUGCAAUGGUCGCCAACCACGUUGCCAGUGCUUGUGCCAGUUCACCUUUAUGCAAGGGCCUCAAACACUUCAACCUCAGCCAGCCGACCGCGCCCUCGACUCCUUGUAAGCCUCACAAAAGAGCCUGGUCACGAGGCCUUGGAUGGUCUUGGAGAUGGAAUGUCCCAUGGUCUGGAAGUCAGAGUGCAUGGUGUGCCAGUUGGCCGCCCCCUUCCUGAUGUGGUGGAGGGUGCGCUGGUGGCUAUUUGUCCUGAGGCAGCAAUUGGCGCCGACACCAGGGACCUGUGCAUACCAGUGGCCACUUACUACUAUGACCAGCGAGUGGACCUGUCCAAUUUUCUGGAGGCGCACUUUGUAGCUGCAAGUGGGCUGAAGUGCUUCCUCACACCACUGGCGAGCUCUUCCCGGACUCCGCAAUGGGGGCAGUUCGUGGUACGCUGCCUUGCCACAACUUCCUCCUUGCGGAAUCUUGCGCUCCUUUUCUUCGAGUGUGCUGGGGUACGCACGGACCCAGACACGCCUCUCAGCGGGGCGCUGCUCGGGUUUGCAUCCGUUGACGCCAGUUCCUUGAUAGGGUCGCAGGCAACAUCUCGGUCACUUAUACCAGAUCUUCGACUUCUGGAGGCACCUGGCGCGUCCACCUCUUUGGAAGUCGAAGUUCGUGUAUGGCCCCGUGGCUCCACUUCAGCUGUGUCCUCCUCGCCAAGGCCUCCAGUGGAGCGUGGUUCUGCGCCCGCCGCCUUAGAGCAGGAGGCCAAAGACUUCAGGCUUCACCAUGAACUAUCCGUGCAGCUCUCAAAAGAGUUUAAUUUGCGAGCAGCGGCAUUGAAGCGAGCUGGGGAAGAAAUCGUUGGGCUCAGGAGGCAGGUUCAGCUUUUGAAGAACGAGAACAAAUCUCUGCGGACACAAAUUGAAGAAGAGGAGAAACUGGCCGAGGAUGUGCAACAUCGCCCUCCGCCAGAAGGCCUUGAGAAGCUCAGCUCAGCAGAGCUGGCCAUGAAGCUGCAGAGGACUGUGGAAAAGUACCGAGAAGAGAAGGCAAAAGCUGCCGAACUGGGACGCCGAAUGGAAGACGUGCUGAAGGAGGUCAAUCGAUCGCGUGGUCUGGAGCGCUCUCUUGAAGAGCUUCAGCAGGUACACCUUGAGCAAAACCGAGAACUGCAGCGUCUCCAAGAAGAGGGCAGGAAGUUAGACACGUACAGACAGACGGCUAAGACGCAAGAGAAGGUGAUUUCCAAGUUGGAAAAGAUCCUGGAAAGCUCACUGCAGGAGGUACAAAAAGCUCAGAAGGUGCAGGUGGAUAUCGAGCGGUUGAAGACAGAAAACUUGAAGCUGCGCGAGCGUUGCACGAGCCUGCUGACACGAAAACGGCAGGAGCUGGGUGGUGAGGAGGCGCAGGAGCUGAAGCAGCGGCUUGCACAGAAGGAUGCUGAAAUUGACCGCUUGAAAAGCAUGGCAGCAGAGCUGAAAACAGGCGUCGUUCCUCGGGCCUCUCAUGCAUCGUACAUUCUCGAUGAGGUGCCUGAGAGCUCUGCUGCAGACCCUGUAGAGAAACCGCACGCCCAACCAGCACAUGCGGCCUUGUCUGCUGAAGAGCAAGAGCAGCUGGCGCAUGUCGAAGCAAAGCGCUUCGAAUGGGAGCAGCGCUGCCUUGCUGCAGAGCAGCGGCUUCAGAUGCUGCAGCAGCAGCUGACUGACAGCUCAAAGAGGUAUGGAUCAGACAUAUCAACAUUAGAAGUUGAGAUUGCAAAGAAGGAUGCCCGAAUCAAAGAGUUGGAGUUUCUGAUGAGACAACAUGAAGCUGGUUCAUGAGUGUAGCUUUUCUGUACAAUACCUCGCAUCUCCAUUAAAUGGAAGCUGUGAAUGCCGUAUGGUCUUGCUGUGAAGACAAGUGCCAUUGGCAGGCAAAUGCACAUGAUCAGAAUCGCGUAAGGAUGAGGUCUUUGCCCUUUGCGCGGCAGAGAACAAAGUAGGAACGUGCCGAAAGUGCACGUACUAGCAGCCUAGAGGAGAAAAAACCGGGCAAGCUUUCCAGCGGC